CACACCAGCACCGCCUCUAACCCCACACACACAAGACUCUUCUCACCUAGGGGACCGAUAGCCGCUGAAGCGAAGGAGGCGAUUCCAUUUGCUGAACAGGGAAGAAGAAUAGCGAAGCUUGCCAUAAGCCAACGCCACCAGAGUGCACAUCUGCGGCGACACUGCAACUCAGCGUCUGAAACACGACCGAUCGUCAAUUGCCUUAGCUGCGUGGUUAGUGCAAAUGGCUUCAAUACGUGCUUCUCGUACCCUAUCGAAAAACAAAGACAUUGCUCCAGAGAAGUCAAGCAAUGUGGAAGAGACACACAAGCAGUUAAACCACAAGGCCUCCUAGGACAGUGAGUCAAUUCGAAUAUUCCUGUCGCUGAUUGCCAAUGAGAUUACAAAAGGAAAUCGGCCAUUCCUAGUCCUAAGCCAAGCUGGGUACAAGUCGUUGGCAAGGAAAUUUGAGAAAGAAAAAAGAAAGAAAGAAAACAUAGCCUGAAAUAGUUGAAGAAUAAAUACACGAGUCUGAAAAAAGAAUGGAAUGCUUGGAGGAAAUUGAUGGAUUCUAGAAGAGGAGUGUCAAGGAUUGGCUUUGACAGCGAAACUGGUAUGUUUCAAGCGUCUGAUGAGUGGUGGGACAAGAUGGAAUCGACAAACAAGGCGUGUGCAAAGUUUAGGAAAAAAACUUUGGAACAUCGUGAGUUGAUGGAGACGAUCUUCACAGGGGCAUCAACUCCUGGUAAGCACCAUUGGACCCCAAGAGAGAAAGUUGUUGAAGCUGCCGAUGUCUCAUCCAAUUCUGUGCACAGUAUCGAAGCCCAGCCAUUUGUUGAUCUGAUACCCACACGAGCACAGGAUAUGGAUUCGGAUUCUUCAAUCGAACCAGUUCUGCCUAUUAAUGAAAAAAGGAAAUGGACUCUGUCAACAAGUUGUGGAAAGUCGAAGAAGGCAACAAGUAGAGUGUCAAUUAUUGCAGAAAGCAUGAACAAUCUGACAAAUAUGGUUCGUACGCAAAAUCAACAAGUUACAGUUAGGCACCUCACAGGUAACGAAUCACUGUACACAAUUUUGGAGUGCAUGCAACAGCUGAGGAACAUUCUUUCCCUUCUUAGUACGUUGUUAUUCUAUUUUGCCUCGACACUGAUGGAUAACGCAAAUUACCGGAAGGUGAUAAUGUGCCAGCCUGAUGACGACCACAUUAUAGGUUGUCUCACACAAAAGCAGCUGUAAUAUAGUGUGGCGGCGCCGUUUACGAACCUGUUCGGGCCUCGCUGGAUUUGAUAUAGCGGUGUGAUGCUGAAGAUGCGUCCCCUUAUCUUGGUUUAAAAGACUUUUACUUACGUUCAUGUUAGACUUGUAAUAAACAGGAUGGUUGUGCAUGCAUUUUUCAUAUAUAUACAUAUAUAUAUUUUAUAUUUUCUCAGGUUUGGUG